UGAGCAAGGCCGGCCUGCCAGGGGUCUCGGGUCGCAGAGGAGAACGUCGCCCAGUCCCCUCCUGGAGACCGCCGCCCCUGUCUGUGCAUUCACAAAGGCGUGCGUUCCUAGGUCUGUGGCUGCCACGUUCCAGCCAGGGCUGGGCAGCGAGGGCCCGGCGAGCGCGGUGGAACCUGCGCGUGGCCUGGGACCGCCUCAGCUGCCUGUGGGUAAGUUCCCUGCCCUCUGCUCCACAGCGCCCCCUGCCGGGGAAAAGCAAAGAAGUGGUGGCUGCCCAGAGCCUAGAGAACGGCAAGGUCCCCCUCAAUCAAUCACAAAUAAGUGACAGUGUGUAAAAUAGCUCCAGAAAGCCCAGCAGAUUUCCACUUUCCUCCCACAAUGGUCCUCGUGUGAAAAUGAGUUGUGGAAGUCUUUCUGCGCCCCAACUUGACUGGGAACCCAAACACAUGCCUAAUCCCAUAGCCUCGGUGCACAUGGCUGCCUCUGUCCAUGAAAGGACCUCUGCCCCGGGGAAACAUCAUUCAGACUGAGUCUGCCAAGAGCUCACCUGUGCCCAGGACUGCCGGUGCUAGAGUGGUCAGGCUGGGGUGCCGGAAGUAGAGGGCACUUGCCUGUGUCCCUUGACCCGGACCCCAACUUCUCACCACUUUCUCUUCCACACAUUGUGCCCUGGAAGCAUGCAGGCUUCAGAUUUACCCCAGGAAUUGCAAACCCAAAUCCCUGCUGGUUAUAGGAGAGGAGCGGUUAGAUGGGGCUUGCAGCCAGGAGCGAGUGCAUGGUUGGCCAUUCAUGAUUUAGAACUGUGAGAAGCUGGGUGUGGUGGAUACACCUGUAUUCCCAGCACUCAGGAAGCUGAGGUGGGAAGACUGCUGUUUGAGGCCAGCCUGGGCUACACAGUGAGUCCAAAGCCAGCCUGAACUACUUAGCGAGACCCUGUCUCAAAAAAACAAAAACAAACAAACAAAAAAACAAAGUAAACUCUGAGAUAGGUAGUUCCAGCGGUGGGGCAUUAGCAAACAGUGUCAAUAAGGACCUAGCAUUUCCCUCAUCUUUUCUCUUUGCAUUCCUGUGUGCUGUAUUUCUCCUCAUGGUUAUGGGACAGUUGCCACAGCACCAUCUUUUUUUUUUUCUUUUGUACCAGGGAUCAAACUCGGGUCGUUGGGUUUGCGAGGCAGGUGCGGUGCCACUGAGGUAAAUCCCCAGCCCAGCACCAUGUUUCACAGUAAAAUGGGGAACUGGGAUAGACAUCUCCUUAUGUCUCAUUGGUAGGGAGCUAGGUCACGUGCCCAUCCUUUGACCAAUCAUUGACAAGGAGAAAUGGCAUCACUGUGAUCCGCGGGAACCAAUCAUAAUUCAUCUUCUGCGUCUGGAUACGUGUGGUGGGGCAAAAUUGGAAUUGGGUCAGGAAGGAGAAAGUUAACUAGUUAGCUAUAGACGUGGGCGCUGCUUGACAAAUCAGCCCCCACGUCUCACUGGCAUAAUAUAACAGAGGCUGCUUUUUCAUUUAUCUGACAGUCUGAUGAGGGUGUUCAUGGCUGGCAGGUGACUACUUUCACAAGUUGAGGCAGAAACCUGUUUUAUGGCUCAGGCUCCUGCAAGUGUGUCAGCAGGGGAAGAGAGGUCGGAAAAGUCACAUCCAUUUUUAACCACUUUGGACAGGACAUUUUGGAGAAGGAGGUGCCCUCACUGGCUUUGACUUCCCUGGUCCCUGAGCAGAGGACAAGCUCCAUUCCUUCAAGAUGCCGAUGAAGUACAGGAGAAAAGACUCGGAGGCCCCUCCAGAACUUUCAGAGAAGGUCAAGGAGCAGCUGGCCGAGGCAGAGCUCUGCAAGCUCAGGCAGCAGCUCCGGAAGAUGGUGGAGAGCCAGAAGUCCUUCAACUUCCUCAGCCAGCAGAAGAUUACCAGCCAGUGCAAGGAAAUCCAGACUCUGAAAGCAGAGCAAGAAGAGAUCACCCUGCUUCUGAAUCUCAUGAAGUCCCCCAAGAACCUGGAUCUGAAUCAGAAAAACUACCUGGAGCUGCACUUCCUAAUACAGGCCAAGGAGGACUAUGAGGUGCUGAUCAAGUCCAUGCAGGCACUGCUGGCCGAGAUGGAUGAAAAGAUUUUUCAAAUGGAAAAAAAAAUCAAAACCCAAAAACAAAUCUUCAUAAAAAUGCAGGAGGCCAGUAACCCCCGGAAACUGCAAAAACAGAUCCAAAUUUUGGAAACCCGUUUGAACCUGGUCACUGUGCACUUUGACAAGAUGCUGACGACCAAUGCCAAGCUCCGGAAGGAGAUUGAGGAUCUGCGGUUCGAGAAGGCCACUUAUGACAAUGUGUAUCAGCAGCUGCAGCACCGCCUGCUCAUGCAGAAGAAGACCAUGAAUGUGGCCAUCGAGCAGUCUGCCCAGGCCUACGAGCAGAGGCUGGAGGCCAUGGCCCGCAUGGCAGCCAUGAAGGACCGCCAGCAGAAGGACGUCUCCCAGUACAGCCUGGAGAUCCGUGAGCUGGAGCGGCUCUACACCCAUGAGACCAAACUCAAGUCCUUCCUGCUUCUCAAGCUCAAUGACCGCACCGAAUUUGAGGAGCAGGCCAAAAGGGAGGAAGCUCUCAAGGCAAAGAAGCAUGGAAAGAAGAGCAGGGGCACGAGCUUCAAGAGCUACGAGGUGGCUCAGCUGCGGCUGCUGAAGCUGGUGGAGGACGGGAACCUGAACCACCUCAUCGAGGACUUCCUGGCCAAGGAGGAGAAGAACUUUGCCCGCUUCACCUACGUCACGGAGCUCAACAAUGACGUGGAGAUGAUGCAGAAGAAGACGCAGAGGAUCCAGGAUGAGAUCGCCCUCCUGCGGUCGCAGCAGAAAUCGUCGCACGAGGACAGCCGCUCGGCACUGAGGCAGCUGGAGGAGAAACUGAGGAAGACCUCGGAGGAGGCAAAUGAGUACGAGAACAGAGCCAGGGAGAUGGGCAAGACCCUGGAGCGCCUCAAGAGCGCGGUGGAGAGCCUGUUUCAGAAGAUCGACUGCAAUGCCAGCAGGAUCCUGGUGCAGCUGGGAGAAACGGGGAAGAUCACCGAUGCCAACCUGCCCCAGUACCUUGCCAUCAUUGAGAAGCGGACCAAUGACCUGCUGCUGCUGGAGGCAUACCGGCGCAUGCAGGAGGCCGAGGGCCCACAGCCCUUCGUCAACCCGUUCUGGGGUGGCUCUGCACUCCUCAAGCCCCCUGAGUCCAUCAAGGUUGUGCCCCCCAUGUUCGGGCCUGAGCCCUUCAGGGACAGGCUGGAGGACGUCGAUCACCCCCUGGAGCACAGCAACCUCCGGCAGCUGGUGCUGGACGCCUACCUCGCCAGGGAGCCUCAGAACAAGGACCUGCGCCCGGACAGCCUCCCUGAGAAGGGCGACGAGCUGAGGCCCGAGAAGAAGCUGACGCUCUGAACCCCGCCGCGUUUGUACCGGAACCGGAAAGAAUAGAUGUUUUUUUCCGUAACUUCCGGGCCCCUGAGCGCCGGGACCUGGGCUCUCGGGGUGGUGUGGGGCGCGGAGGGCGGGGCUGCCACAGGCUGGAGGAGUGGGUGGGCCAGUGCUGUCCCCAAGAACCCCGAGAGGGUGACCAGCCCGGGCCCCCUUUGCUGGGCCACUGGACAAAGCAGGGACGAGCAAAGUGUGGAGGCCGCAUUGUGCCCCAAGUAUUGCUUGAUGGUUGUUUUUUUUUUUCUUUCUGGAUGCUAGGGAUUGAACUCAUGGCUUUUGCACUGAGCUGCACCCCCCAGCCCCCUUUUUUUUCAAAUUUUGAGACAGGGUCUUGCUAAGUUGGUGAGUUGCCCAGGCUGGACUCCCAGAGAUCCUCCUGCCUCAGCCUCCCGGAGUGCUAGAUCCUAGACGUGCACUACCACACCCGGUCAGUGUAUUGCUCUUGAGACUACAGGGCCACACAGGGCCCCUCGGGUGCUCACAGCAGGGCCUCAGGCGUCGGGGGCUGGGGCUGUAUCUCUGCGCAUGCGUGUGUGCACCGUGUGUCAGACCUGGUGUCUCUCAGGGGCCAGCAGGUGGCCCUGAAGUGGAGCACAGACGGAUGGGGCUGGCACGGUGUGAUUCCUGGGCCCUAGGAUGCCCCUUCCGGCUCCUUCGGCCUCGGGCCCUUUGUUUCCUCCCGAAACCCCGGCCAUGCCCUGUGUGGUCAAUCCCGUGACCAGGCUGCCAGUCCCCAGCUCGGCCCUGAGCCCAGGUGCCCAGUUCCCAACUGCGUGCGGCCGGGCAGAGGGACGCACCCGUGUCUGCCGGGUCGCUGAGGGCCAGGAGAGAGCCCGGAGCAGGGGGGAGCUCCCCGCCACCACAGGGAGCUGCGGGGCCCCCGGGCGGGCGCGCUGAGCUCCUGAAUGCAGCUGCGCCUGAAGCCCAGCGACUCAGUCCCGCGCACCCAUCUGUUUCCUAUGCUGGGAAUCCUGCCCCGCCACAGGCCUGACUGCUUC